AUACUAUUGAAGGGCAGAACAGUCGGCCUCACUCAGUCCAUAAAAUAGGGGCAUUUCCGUCAUUCCAAAUGCCUUGAUCCGAAGUUCAACCCAAAAUUUAAGUGCGCCGUCCAUUAUUCCUAAGCACGAUUCCCGUAAUUGACGGUGGAUAGAGUGCCGCGUGGUCACUCCCUUCCCCACUCUAUCUCCCCCCGGUAAAUCCAUCUCAUCUACUGCGAGGCCUCUCUCUCUAUUUCUCUCUCUCCCUCUGUCUUCCUCCUCCACUGAGCUUCCAAAAAGCUCAUUUCUUCCUUCGAGCUACCGCCCGCCAGCUGAAGCAGUUGCAGAAGCAGCAGCAGCAGCCGCAGAGAGAAGCUAAGCAUGGCGGCAUUCCUCAUUGUCCUCCUCACAUCUCUACUAGCUCUCACCACUCUCCCUGCCGCCGAAUCCCGACUCUACACCAACUACUACCAAAAAUCGUGCCCGAGAUUCGCCCAAAUCGUCCAAGACACCGUCACCAAUAAGCAGAUCAUGAAUCCCACCACCGCCGCCGCCACUCUCCGCCUCUUCUUCCACGACUGCCUCGCCAACGGCUGCGACGCCUCCAUCCUCCUCUCCUCCACCCCCUUCAACAAGGCCGAGCGCGACGCCGACAUCAACCUCUCCCUCCCCGGCGACGCCUUCGACGUCGUCGUCCGCGCCAAGACCGCCCUCGAGCUCGCCUGCCCCAACACCGUCUCCUGCGCCGACAUCCUCGCCGUCGCCACCCGCAAUCUCGUCACCAUGAUGGGGGGGCCCUUCUACAACGUCCCCCUCGGCCGCCGCGACGGCCGCUUCUCCAAAGCCUCCGCCGUCGAAGGCAACCUCCCCCGCCCCGCCAUGUCCGUCUCCCAGCUCAUCCAGGUUUUCGGGUCCAGGGGCUUCUCCGUCCAGGAAAUGGUCGCCCUCAGCGGGGCCCACACCAUCGGGUUCUCCCACUGCAGCGAGUUCAGCUCGGCGAUCUACAACUACAGCAAGUCGGCGCAGUCCGACCCGAGUUACAACCCGAGAUUCGCGUCCGGGUUGCAGCAGGCAUGCGCGGAUUUCAAGAAAAACCCAACUCUCUCCGUAUUUAACGACGUUAUGACGCCGAACAAAUUCGACAAUGUCUACUUCCAGAACUUGCCAAAGGGGUUGGGGGUUUUGAAAUCGGACCACGCGCUGUUUGACGACGCAAGGACGCGGCCGUUUGUGGAGCUGUACGCCAACGACCAGAACCGCUUCUUUGGGGAUUUUGCCAAGGCGAUGGAGAAGCUCGGCGUGUUAGGGAUUCAAACCGGAAGGCGGGGAGAGAUUAGGCACAGAUGCGACAAGUCUAAUUAUUAAUUAAUUAAUUAAUUAAUUAAUUUACGAUUCACAUUUAAAUAAUUUGAAAAGGAAAAAAAAAUACUUUGUUUUAAUUUCUUUGUUUUUUUUUGGGUGCUUUUUUAAGUGCAUUUUGUGGUGAGAUCCAAUAUUUGUGAGAAGAAAUAUAAUCUGUAUACAUGUUUAUUUAUUUAUUUUUGUUAAGGGGAUAUUUCAUAUUUGUUGAGCUUAAAUAUACAUUUUUUUUUGUGAAUUCUGUAAACAAAAA